AUGACAUCCAAGACGCUUGAUAAAUUCUUGUGUCAGUUGAGAAAUAAACCUGGUUUUUCUGAAUUCCGUAAAUAUAAGCGAAUCAAUGAGACCCGAGUUAUAACUCCCUAUCAACCUGAAAUACCAGAACAAACGAUGAAAAAAGAGGAAGACAGAACUCCAGAAAUUAAAGUUAGUGAUCCUCGGAGAUUUAUUUUCGAAGAAAUUGGCUUCAUAUCAGUGGAAUCCCUAGAAUCUCUAAUAAGAAUGAUAAACUCAUAUCCAGAUCUCGGAUAUGUCAAUAUGAGUCGCAAUCACAUGGAUCUUGUCAGAGAUUAUAAGCCAUACCAAUAUACAAUCUGCAACUAUAAGGAUGUCAAUAAGUUGAACUAUGUAACAAUGAGCAGAAAUGGGCUUGUGGAGUUCUACAAAGGAGAUGCAGAUUUUUUGCCUUUAGAAAGACUAACAACGGAGUAUGAACUAUAUAACAAUUUAAGACAGAUACCGUCUUUUCGCACAUUCUGCUUGUGGAAAGCAUUCAUGGUGUGGUUUAAGAAGAUUCGAAGAAGGAAAUACAGCGAAGCAAGAGAAAAAAUUGAAGCAUUUUACAUAGAUAAAUAUGGUUCUUGAUCUAUAUGUGAAAUAAGAUCAACUUGGAGAAAACAUUCCAUAUGUUUUUUUUUGGGGGGGGGGAGGAACUCCAAACAAAUAAAAAUAUUUAAAUGAAAUACCGCUUUACGCAUGCAGUAAUCUGUGAUAACACUAUGGAUGGAAAGAAUCUGUGAUAACAUUAUGGAUCCAACGUUGAGUUCUGGGCUAAACUGGGCGUAUUGGCCACAAAGACUCGAAACAUUGCAUAUGAUUCAUUUUUUCAGUAAUAAGUCAUAUGUAAUGUUUCAAGAUGCUUCAAAGGUGGAAAGACCAGUUCUUACCAAACUUCUUCCUUUUCUCGAUGUUGAAGAUGAAGCUGAAAGAUUGCCAUUUCCCCACCAUAAUAUGAUCCAGCAUGAACUGCAAAAAGUUAUGGACUCACCAAGGCGGCGCUAAGUAUUUUGUCGCUUGGUGCAAUCUAUGCUUGUCCUAAAUUCUGAUGCUGGGCAUUUUAAAUUACGGCAUUGCACGGCAAAUUCUAAAAAUUUUACCGGCUCUAAAUUCUGCUGCCCAAUGCCUCCUCUAAAUGCUAAAAAUUUUGCCAUACCUAUAUCUUCCUGCAUGUUACUUGUCUAAAUUAUAAAAACUUCACCGCCCGAUGCGACUACACAGGGUUGCACUGGUUCUGACGCAGUACUGCGAAUCACUCAAAAUCACUUUGAAGUCACAUUCCAGUUAUGACAAGGAAGCUGGGAUUAUGCACUGCUCGGCAAGACAACUAUUUCAAAGGAGGUGACGUUCAAAACUUGAAAGUAAUAUACUUUUUUGACAACAGAAUUAGUCUGUGAAUAUUUUUAUUUACCAGCCAAAAAAUGCAAUGAUAUGUUUUAUAUUUAUAAUAAUGUAACAAAAAAAAAUUUACUAUUUAGAGUUCUAACAAUCUUGGAAAAGAUGUGACUCCAAAGCAUGUUUUUACAAUAACUCAUACAUUUAUUUCCUUUAUUUAAUGCAAUAUUCAUAUUAGCAUAUUUAAUAUUGUUCACAUAAAAAAUUAAACUAAGAGGUGUUU